AUCAGGAUGGGAGUUUGGGAUCGGGAUGGGGAGUUUGGGAUCGGGAUGGGAGUUUGGGAUCGGUUUGGAAGCCGGGAUUUGCCACCGGUGGAUUUUUGGGAUAGCCCCUCCCUGUUUUUCUGCUCGUGGCUCUCCUGCUUUUCCCGCUUCCUUUUCCAUAGGAAAUUGAGCCGGGAAAGGUUUUCCAAGCCCUGCUCCUGAUCCCAAACAGCUCCCUCGGGAUUUUCCAGGCCUGGAUGUGUUCAUUCCCAAAAAAAGCUGUCUGUUCCCCUCAGGAAGGGAUCCCAAACCCUGGGAAGGGAUCCCAAACCUUUGGGAUUCAUGGGAAGAAGGGAUUGGGCCCCCCCCGCUGCCAGCCAUGGGGGACAUGAAAACCCCGGAUUUCGACGACCUCCUGGCCGCCUUCGACAUCCCCGACAUCGACGCCAACGAGGCCAUCCACUCGCACCACGAGGAGCCCGAGCCCCACGGCAAAGCCCUCCCGGGGGAGCCGGGAGCCGCCGCCCCGGAGCACGUCCUGCCCCACCCCGACAUCUCGGCCGUCAGCGUCAUCGUCAAGAACACCGUGUGCCCGGAGCAGCUGGAAAACCUGGAAUCCCGCGGCAAGGAUGGACACGGGAUGGCCCCGAGGCUCCUCCAGAACGGCUUCGGAGCCGCUGACGUUCCCAGAUCCCCGAGUUCCCGCGGGGUGGAGGCGGCGUCCAACGGGGAGUGCUGGGGGAAGGAGAAGAACGCCAAAGCUUUGGAUUUGUUCUCCCAUUUCAGCCCCGAUCCCAACGAGGACGGCGCCAAUUUGAUCGACAGGUCCCGGGAAUGCAAAGCCAAGGAGAAAUCCCUGGCUGUGCCCUCGCUGGCCCCGUCCCCCACCCCGUCCUUGGACUGCAAGGAGCCCUUGGGAGAAGCCGCAGAGAGCUUGGAUCCGGCUUUUCCGCCGCCGUUCCGGGCGGGAGCGGCCGCCGACGGAGCCCAUCCCAUUCCCUGCAUCAAAAAGGAGGAAUCGGACUCGGAAGAGACGACGCCGCGGAGCUCCAGUCCCAAGGGAUUGGCCGUGAGCCUCGGGGACAGCCCCCUGGAGCACCUGAAAUCCGUCACCGUCCGCUAUUCCGCGGAGGAUUCUCCCGUGGCCGCGUGGCCGGGAUCGGAUCCGGCGCUGGACGGGAGCGCCGGGAACGCGGCCGAGCUCAAACACUCCCCGGGGAGCCCUCGGGAAUCCUUCUCCUCUCCGGGGAUCCACAUCCCCAGUUCUCCCAAACAGCUGGAGAGCCUCUCCUUGAAGGAGGAGCAGGAAAUGCUGGACAGGUCCAUGGGAAGCCCCCCGAGCGUUUCCAGCGGCGAGGAGGAGGAGGAGGAGGAGGAGGAGGAGGAGGAGGAGGAGGAGGAGAGCACCAAUUCCCCGUCCUCCAAUUCCUCGCGGCCGCUCAAAGUCCGCAUCAAGACCAUCAAAACCUCCUGCGGCAGCAUCACCAGGACGGUCACCAGGGUGUCCUCGGACUCGGAGCCGGCCUCCACCAAGCAGAAUUCCCAGGAAAGCCUGGAGUGUCCCGGCGGGAUCGCCGCGGAGGCAGCCAAGGACAAGACGGAGCUUCCCAGCCCUUUGAAAACGGCGGAAGGGCCGAAGAUCGUCAGCGUGCAGCUGGGGAACGGCGCGAAGCUGAAGGGGACGGUGCUGCCCGUGGCCACCAUCCAGAGCGCCAGCAGCGCCAUGCUCAUCGCCGCCAGCGUGGCCCAGCAGAAAUCCGUGGUUCUCCCGGGAAAACCCGGAAAAUCCGUGGCCAAGAACAUCCUGAACUUGGUGCCGCAGCCCCUUCCCAAGGGGGACGGCCGGAGCAACGGGAGCGCGGCCGCCCAGAGCGCCAAGGCCAACGGCGGCGCGGCGCUGCCCAAAGCGGCGCCGAGCGUGGCCGGCACCGUCAUCUCCCGCUCGCAGUCCAGCCUGGUGGAGGCCUUCAACAAAAUCCUCAACAGCAAGAACCUGCUGCCCACCUACAAACCCAACCUGAGCCCCCCGGCCGAGGCCAGCCUGGCGCUGCCGCCCUUCGGCUACCGCUGCCUGGAGUGCGGCGACGCCUUCGCGCUGGAGAAGAGCCUGGCGCGGCACUACGACCGGCGCAGCAUGCGCAUCGAGGUCACCUGCAACCACUGCGCCAAGCGCCUGGUGUUCUUCAACAAGUGCAGCCUGCUGCUGCACGCCCGCGAGCACAAGGACAAGGGGCUGGUCAUGCAGUGCUCGCACCUGGUCAUGCGGCCCAUCGCCCUGGAGCAGAUGAUCGGCCAGCCCGACAUCACCCCCCUGGUGUCGCUGGCGUUCCCGGCGGGAAAGGUGGCGCAGGACGCCGGGAACGGCGCCCAGGAGCUGCCGGUGCUGCCGCUGGGCUCGGAGCAGAGCAGCUACAGCUGCUUCCGGUGCCUCGAGUGCAAGGAGCAGUGCAAGGACAAGGCCGGGCUGGCGGCGCAUUUCCAGCAGGUCGGGGUGGCCACCAGCAGCAGCAGCACGGUGUGCUCGGCGUGCCCCAUGAUCCUGCCCAACCGCUGCAGCUUCGGCGCGCACCAGCGCAUGCACCGCAGCCGCCCGCCCCACGUGUGCCCCGAGUGCGGCGGCAACUUCCUGCUGGCCAACUUCGAGGCGCACCUCAAGGACUCCUGCCUGCACUUCUCCCGCAGGGUGGGAUACAGGUGUCCCAGCUGCUCCGUGGUGUUCGGCGGCGUCAAUUCCAUCAAAUCCCACAUCCAGAGUUCCCACUGCGAGGUUUUCCAUAAAUGUCCCAUCUGCCCCAUGGCUUUCAAGUCCGCCCCGAGCGCCCACGCCCACGUCUACACGCAGCACCCGGGCUUCAGCAACCAGCAGUCCAAGAUGAUCUACAAGUGCGCCAUGUGUGACACGGUGUUCACGCACAAGCCGCUGCUCUCGUCGCACUUCGACCAGCACCUGCUGCCGCAGCGCGUCAGCGUCUUCCGCUGCCCGCAGUGCCCGCUGCUCUUCGCCCAGAAGCGCACCAUGCUCGAGCACCUCAAGAACACCCACCAGCCCCAGAAAUCCAAGGAAGACACUUCCAAGAAAUCCCCGGCGCUGCUGACGCCGAAGCCGGAGCCUCUGGAGACUCCGGUGUCCAAGAUCUCCGAGGAAUCCUCGUCCUCCACGGAGGAGGACGAGCCCCCGAGCUCCCCGGAGCUGCGGAAAACCAAACGGAGCCGAUUCCAGCGGAAAUCUGGGAAUAAAUCCAAGGGCAGCGGGUGGACGUGCGGCGUCUGCCACUCCUGGUUCCCCGAGCGCGACGAGUACGUGUCCCACAUGAAGAAGGAGCACGGGAAGUCCGUGAAGAAAUUCCCGUGCCACCUGUGCGAGCGCUCCUUCUGCUCCGCCCCGAGCCUCCGCAGGCACGUCCGGGUCAACCACGAGGGCAUCAAACGCGUCUAUCCCUGCAGGUACUGCACGGAGGGGAAGAGGACGUUCAGCAGCCGCCUGAUCCUGGAGAAGCACAUCCAGGUGCGGCACGGGAUCAAAGUCACCGACCCCGCCAAGAGCCAGGAGGUCGUCAUCGCCCGCCUCGGCUCCGGGCCCGCCCAGGGGUCCGGCCGCAAGCGGAAGCUCUCCUCGGACGACUCGUGCAGCGAGGAGCCCGACAGCACCACCCCCCCUUCCAAGAACCCCAAAGGCGGCGGGAAGGCCCCGUUCCGCUGCCGCAAGUGCGGAUUCCUGGCGGGAAGCCGGGCGGAAUUCCAAGCCCACAUCCCGCAGCACCGCACGGACGGGAGUUCCCAGCAGUGCCGGGAAUGCGGCCUCUGCUUCACGUCCCAGAUUUCCCUCAACCGCCACCGCUUCAUCUCCCACAAAAAGAAGAAGGGAGCGGCCGAUCCCGAGGAUUCGGGAAGCGCUUCCCAAGGCGGCGGGAACGGGAAUUCCGGAGCCGGCGCGGACGGAUCCGAGGGAAAGUUGGAAUGCAAAGUUUGCGGGAGAGGCUUCGAGAGCCAGCUCAGCCUCAAGACGCAUUUCCGGACCCACGGGAUGGCCUUCAUCCGCGCCCGGCAGAGCGAGGAGAACUGAGAUUCCCGGGAAUCCUGGAAUCCUGGAAUUCCGGGAUCAGCCCCGAGGAGAACUGAGCGUUCCUGGGAAUCCUGGCACUUCCGGACCCACGGGAUGGCCUUCAGCCGCGCCCGGCAGAGCGAGGAGAACUGAGAUUCCCGGGAAUCCUGGAAUUCCUGGAAUUCCGGGAUCGGCCCCGAGGACAACUGAGCGUUCCCAGGAAUUGCGGUGUUCCCAGAUUCCCGGGAUCCCCCCAGAACCAGCCCCGAGCGUGGGAAUCUCGGCAUUCCCAGAACUCCGGGGUGGCCUUCAUCCGCGCCCGGCAGAGCGCCGAGGAGAACCGAGCGCUCCCAGGAAUCUCUGCGUUCCCGGAAUUCCAGGAUCGGCCCUGCAGACAGCGGAGCGUUCCCGGGAACUUCAGCAUUCCCAGAAUUCCGGGAUCAGCCCUGGGAAUCUGCUCCGAGCCGGGAAUUGGCGCCGUGUACAUAAAACCUCCCCGAGCCCUUCCCGGUGUCCGAGGGAAAGAUGGGAUUGGGAUUGGGAUUGGGACUGGGAUGGUCCCAGGCCCUGCUGGGAUUGGGGUCCAGGCUGGGAGGAUCCCAAAUCCGGCCGGGAUUCCCCCGGGAAUGUUGGAUUUUGGGGGGAUUUGGGAUUCCCUGUCGCUGUUCUGGGACCCGCCGGGUGCUUCCCAGGAAUUCCCGGAGCCGGACGGGACCAGGGAAGCUUUUCCAGCAAAAUCCACCUUUUUUGUUGGCUUUUCUUUGUUUUUCCUGGAAUUCUUUUCCUGUUUGGGAAUGUUUCUGGUGAGUUUUGUUGGGAAGAAGCCGAUUCCAAACUCCUGGAAUUUCUGGAGGUCCCUGGGCAGGAAACUCGGACACGCGGCCGGACAUUCCCGAGGGAGCAGGAGGAGGAAAAGAGCAGGAAAAAAGCUGGAAAAGAGGAGCAAAAAAGGAGGAAAAAAGGAGAUUUUUUCCUUUGGCAAAGGAGUAACGAUCCCAGAAAAGCCAGGAUUGGGAAGGGAUCCCCCAAAUCCCAGGCAGGACCCUUUUCCUGAAGGAAAAGCGGGAAAGGCGCUCCCAAAUCCCAGACUGAGGGAGAGGUUUGGGGCCUUUUCCGGGCCUUUUCCAGCUGCUCCUCUCCCUCGGGACCAGGGACCUUUCCUGCUUCAAAUCUCCAAAAAAACCCUCUGGAAAAGCCCCUUCGGACUCGUCCCUCCUGGAAUUCCUGGAAUUCCCUGUGAAUAACUUCUCCCUUUCCCUGUACAGUUGUAUCAUACACUAAAAUCCACAAAUUCCAACAACUGCUGUGCUCAUUUCGGGAUUUGGUUCGGUUUUCCAAGGUUUUUUUCCCGUGUUUUUGCGUUUUUCUGGAUGGAGGAGCUGCUUUGGGUUUGAUUUCUUUCGUUUUUGGCUUUUUUUCCCCCGUUUUUUUUACUUUUUCCAAGCAGGAAUUUGGGGAAUCCUCUCUCCCCUUUUCCCUGCGGGUGAAUGGAUGGGAAAAGGGUGGAAACAAAACUGGGAAAAAUCAGGUGGAAUCGGCCAUUCCCAAAUCCCCCGGGCCGGGUGUAAAUUCUGUUGGAAAAUAGAGAAGAAAUUAAAGUUUCUAUGAGUUUUAGAGGGGAAAAAAAUUCCCAAAAAAACCUAUGGAAAAAUGGCUUUGGACCCUUCGGUUUUCCAGCAUUUCAGUGCCUUGAGCUGGAUUUGGGUUGGAGGGAGGGAGGGGAUGGAAUUUUGGGAAUGUGUCCCUGGAAUUUCGGGGCUGCAUCCCUGGAAUUUUGGGAAUGUGUCCCCCCGGGAUUCGGGGAAUUGCUCCAUGGAAAGCCGCGGGCGCUGGAGGCUCUCAGGAAUUCUUUAUUCUGUAGGAACUGACUCCAUUAAACUCCAGUGGUUUCA